GUUGUAGUUGAUGAUCCCUGGGAAGCCUUGCUCAGGAGAACAGCAAACUGCUUCCUCAGUGGUGCAGCAGGUGGCAGGUAGUCCUGGACCCUGGCUGUGCCUCCCCAGAGCGCUGAGGGCUCCACUUCGCACUGUGGCCCGCGUGCCCCUGCCAUCAGCAAGACCUCAGGUGCUGGCCCCCUGCCACAACUCAGGGAGAGGGCAGCAUGAGCUGGUCCAGGCAUGUAGGUAAGAUUCGGAAACGCCUGGAAGAUGUCAAGAGCCAGUGGGUCCGGCCGGCCAGGGCUGACUUCAGCGACAAUGAGAGUGCCCGGCUGGCAACAGAUGCCCUUUUGGAUGGGGGUCCCGAGGCCUACUGGCAGGUGCUCAGCCAGGAAGGUGAGGUGGACUUCUUGUCCUCAGUGGAGGCCCAGUAUAUCCAGGCCCAGGCCAAGGAGCCCCCCUCUGCUCCAGAGCCUCUGGGAGGGGCCGAGGCCGGCCCCAGGGGACACGACGCCUGCUCCCUACAGUCUGGGACCUAUUUCCCCAUGGCCUCCGAGGGCAGUGAGCCGACCCUGCUGCACACCUGGGCCUUGGCCGAGAAGCCCUACCUGAAGGACAGGUCCAGUGCCACCGUGUACUUCCAGAUGGACAAGCACAACAACAUCCGGGACCUCAUCCGCCGCUGCAUCACGCGGACCAGCCAGGUCCUGGCCAUCCUGAUGGAUGUGUUCACGGAUGUGGAGAUCUUCUGUGACAUUCUGGAGGCAGCCAGCAAGCGCCGGGUGUUCGUCUGUGUGCUCCUGGACCAGGGAGGUGUGAAGCUCUUCCAGGAGAUGUGUGACAAAGUGCAGAUCUCUGACAGCCACCUCAAGAACAUUUCUAUCCGGAGCGUGGAAGGAGAGGUGUACUGUGCCAAAUCAGGCAGGAAGUUCACCGGCCAGAUCCAGGAGAAGUUCAUCAUCUCAGACUGGAGAUAUGUCCUGUCUGGAUCAUACAGCUUCACCUGGCUCUGCGGACACGUCCACCGGAACAUCCUCUCCAAGUUCACAGGCCAAGCGGUGGAGCUGUUCGACGAGGAGUUCCGCCACCUCUACGCCUCCUCCAAACCUGUGAUGGGCCUCAAGUCGCCCAGGCUGGUCGCACCCCUCCAGCCCGGAGCUGGCCCCAGCGCCCCCUGCCUCAGUGGCAGCAGCUGCUCCGCUAGUGGCAGCACAGACUCCAACCCCUUCAGCAGCCCGUCACCAAGCAGCAACCCACAGAACCAGAGUCUGUCUGCAUCCUCAGGGCCCAGCAGCCCCCUGGCCCCAAACCCACUUCCACCCACCAGGUUCCAGCCCCACUGUGGUCCUCUGGGGGCCCCGACCCCACAGGCCCACUUCUCCCCGAGGCCCCAUGAUGGCUCACCCGCUCUCUACAGCAUUCUCAAUGCCUACAGGCCCACGCGGCUGCAGCUCGAGCAGCUUGGCCUGGUGCCCAGGGCAGCCCACAUCUGGAGGCCCUUUCUACAGGCCUCUCCUUAUUUCUGAAGGGUCCCUUCUACCAGCUACCCUCCCCAGGGCCAGGGCUGGCCAUUCCUGGGUUUUCUGGCUCAAGAACCCCACCUCAGUGACUAUCAGCUUUGAACCUGCUGAACUAAAGGCACUCGGACAGACAUCACUGCCUAUGUGUGACUGUUCCCAGGCCUGUGACCAUUUACCUGCUGGCCCCUACGAGUCCCAAGAUCCUCUCUAGUGUGGCCUAUGUAGCACAUUCCAAAAGGUUCCAGAGAGGUGGAAGACAGGGAGCUAGAGGGCAAAAUAAUGAAAAUAGGGAUCCUUUUUUCCAAAGAGCAGCCAGCACUGUAAUAUUAACAUUGUCUGAAUCUCUGUAAGGGGCAGAUACAGCCCAACUUUUAUGUAUGGGUAAAUCGAGGCACUGAGAGGCAGGGGUGGGUGCCAUCAAGAUACUCCUGUUUCCCAGUGCCCAGGAAUGGUUUACUCCCCAGAGAUUCAGGAGAGAAAGAUUUAGGAGAAAAUAUGGGAACAUUCUGGAUGUUCCUGGGAGAGGUGGGGAAGGUGUGAUACUAGGGUAUCCUUGAGCCUCAUGAGUUCAGGAUGAGGCCCAGAACCUCCACUGCACCUUGUUGGGACUGGCUGAAACUGAAGCACCAGGGAUGGGCAAGCUGGGGCAUUAGGGGAUGGAACUGGGCAAGGGAGUUCAGCAGUGCGAGUGUUGGCUCCCAAGAGCCUUGGGGUGGCCUGGAGGUCCCUGGAGUCUAGGCUGAGUCGCAGGGGCUUCAGUCGUCAGGAUCUGGGAAUGGCCCUGCCGCAGAGCCCAGGGCAGCCAGAGCAGCCAGGGAAGGUUGGGCAUUGACCCUGCAGGCCCCGGUGUCUCCGUCUGACUUUGUCGGCCUCCCGAAGCACAGGGCUGAGCACUCACAGGCCCCAUCAAUGAUUCUCAGAUUCACAGCGUACCUUCUCUGUUCCUGGGGUGCUGCUAAAUCCUGAGGGCAGAGCUAGCUGUGUAUACAGAAGAAUAUGAGAUGCUUAGGGGGCACAGAGGGGGGCCAGCCAGCCCAGCUUGGGGAGGUUGGGCAACACUUCCCAGAGAAGCGACAGUUAACCUGCGACCUAAAGAACAGUGGUGGUACAGCUGCGGGGAGGGUGUGAUCCCUGCUGUCCCGGCCGGAGAGCAAAGCAGGCGCAGAGCCCCAUACGCACCUUCCCAUUUCCGUGCCCUUCCCGGCCAGCUCACCUCAGCAAACGUCUUGCUGUGGCCCACUCCCAGCCCAGAAGCUUUGCCUUGGCCGGGAACAGCUGAGAGGACAGAGCCCUGCGCCCGCUGCGCUCUGAAUCCUGACACAUGUGGCCGUCCAAGUCCCACUCUGCAGACUGUCCGCCUCCCCUCAGCCUGUCCCUGAUUGUGUCUGUCCAAUACACCUGACAAAGGCAGAGGCAUUUUUGCUUCUGUUUUCUUUUAAAUUGUAUUCCUGUCCUCACUUCACUUUUUCCUCCUUAGUUCCUGAAAGUUCAAGAACAAAAGCUCUUUGGUUCCUGAAAGUUUUUAACCCCCAGUCCUGAUGCUGCUGUUCUCCGACUGACCGCCGUGACGAGCUUAGAAGGACCAGGCUCUGCAGAGCGUCCUAAAUAGGACUUCACAGUCUGCCGAGAAAGCUUCAGGAAGGCAAGGCUGGUUGGGUGCCAGGGAGUCUGCAGGCCUGCUCUGCCUCUGCCUGCAUCUGGCCCAGUCAGGGUGCAGAGCGCAGGCCUGGCAGCCCAAACAAGCCCUCCUGCUCCCCGUCGCUCUCAGCCAGCCAGUCUCCCCUCUGCGGUCACCUUAGGGUCCACAAACACUGCUGGUCCCCACAGGGCCCCAUGUCACGUGAAAGGCCUACAAGCUGGGAGGUUGGGUUGGUUCGCUUUGACUAGUGGGAUGUGAUAGAAGUGUCGUGGCCCCUCCAGGCAGGAGCUCUGGGAGCCUGAGAGCUGCUGGCCGCAUGGGAGCACAUCUCCAGGUGGAGUGCCUCUGCUGGCCCAGGGUCCUACAAGACUGGUGAGCAGACCUCCCACUGCCACCCCACCGACCCCAAGUGGAUAAGUAAUGUGAGUGAGAAAUAAACCUUUGUUGUAUAAGCCACUGA